ACCAUGCUGCUCAGGAGGUCCUGGAAACGAUCCACUAAGCAGCAGUCAACACGUCUCUCAGAGCUACAUCGGAAAUGGCAGCUGUGGAGAGGCAUCGUCAGCAUCGCGCUCAUCGAAGGCCGAAACCUCAUUCCCAUGGACCAGAACGGUCUGAGCGACCCCUACGUCAAGUUCAGGCUAGGACCCCAGAAGUACAGAAGCAAGACGGUGCCAAAGACCCUGAGUCCACAGUGGAGGGAACAGUUCGACCUCCAUCUGUACGAGGAGUCAGGAGGCGUGUUGGAGAUCACAGUGUGGGACAGAGACACCGGGCGGAGAGACGACUUCAUUGGACGCUGUCAGUUGGACCUCUCCACGCUGGCUAAAGAGCAGACGCACCACCUGGAGCUUCCUCUGGAGGAGUCGCGGGGGUUCGUGGUGCUGCUGCUCACGCUGACCGCCACCGCUCACGUCUCCAUCGCCGACCUGUCCGUCACACCGCUGGACGACCCGCAGGAGCGAAUGGAGAUAACCAAACGCUACAGUGUUUUGAAGUCGUUCUCUAACCUGAAGGAUAUCGGCAUCGUGCAGGUGAAGGUGAUGAGAGCUGAAGGACUCAUGGCUGCAGAUGUAAAUGGUAAGAGCGAUCCUUUCUGCGUGUUGGAGCUGAAUAAUGACAGACUGCUGACACACACCGUUUACAAGAACCUCAACCCAGAGUGGAACAAAGUCUUCACAUUUAAUGUGAAAGACAUUCACUCCGUGUUGGAGGUGACAGUGUUUGACGAGGACAGAGACAGAAGCGCUGACUUCCUGGGAAAAGUGGCCAUCCCUUUAUUACAUUUCCGUAACGGAGAGCAGAAAGGAUACGUGUUGAAGAAUAAGGAGCUGACAGCUACGACCAAAGGAGUCAUCUACCUAGAAGUUGAUGUUAUCUACAACACAGUCAAAGCUGCUCUGAAGACGGUCGUCCCUGCUGAGCAGAAAUACAUCGAGGAAGAACCAAAAGUCUCCAAACAGUUGCUGCAGCAGAACUUUAACCGUGUGAAGCGAUGCAUCAUGGUCCUGAUCAGCUAUGGGACGUAUAUCAACAGCUGCUUUGAAUGGGAGUCUGCACAGAGGAGCAUCAUCUCCUUUGUGCUGUUUGUGGUGGUGGUGUGGAACUUCGAGCUCUACAUGCUGCCGCUGGCCUUACUGCUGCUGCUGGUCUGGAACUACUUCUUCUCUUCAAGCAGGGACAUAACAGACAUGGUGAGAAAACUACCAACACAGACUAUGGACGCCAUGUUUGAGUGGGAAGAUGAAGAGGAGGAUAAAGACGACAAGGACUCGGAGCACAAAGGCUUCAUGGAUAAACUGUACGCCAUCCAGGAUGUGUUCAUCAGUGUGCAGAGUGCGCUUGAUGAUGUGGCGUCGUACGGAGAGAGGAUAAAGAACACCGUUAACUGGACAGUGCCUUUUCUAAGCUGGUUGGCGAUCACUGCCUUAUGUCUGGCCACGUUUCUUCUCUACCUCAUUCCUCUCCGAUACCUGGUGCUCGCAUGGGGUGUGAAUAAGUUCACCAAGAAGCUUCGUGAUCCGUACAUGAUCGACAACAACGAGCUUCUUGACUUUCUCUCCAGAGUGCCGUCCGAUGUUCAAGUGAUGCAGUAUCGGGAGCUGAGGGUGGAUCCGAGUCAGAGUCCCAGCAAACGGAGGCGGACCAACCAGAGCUAGCUGCUCCUCUCUGAACACUUUAACAUUUCAACUGUAGAACAAUGUAAACUAUGUUAUUUAUACAUUUCUUAUAUAUAUUUGAAUGAUUAUGUAAAGAUGUGACUGUUUGAGUUUUGAGAUUUAUUUUCUAAACCUUGUAAAAAAAAAAAAACUCCCAAUGUCUU